CGCCGGAUCAUCGGAGAAUUACAUCACAACAAAAACAUCACAGCGGUGAUCACGCGGGCGCACAGUUGACUGUCGACACAGAGCUCAAUGACUCGUCAGUGCCUUCUUCACAUCUUUUCCCACUCCUCACAUCUAACGUUUCCCAUAAUAACAAGGAAGGCCUCACACGCACACACACUUUUGAAGGCAAAAGCCUGUGGAGAAUGAAGAGAAGUGAGAGGGCGGAGAAGAGACGGCGGGCUGGUGAUGUGAUGCAGAAGAACGAGAAGCAGGAGUUAGUCGAGGAGGACUUGGUGGGGAGUCUUGGACUAGAGGUGGCUGACCCCGAGGAGCCUGUGGUCUUGGACAGCGAGGAUGAGGAGGAGGAGCGUGGAUGUCCUCCCCUUAUUGCUGCUUGUCGUAAAGGCAUGAGUGAGGUGGCGCAUCGGCUGCUGAGCUCCGGGGCCGAUGUGACUCUGUGCGACUGCAGCCAGGAGACGGCGCUGCACGUAAGCCGGCCUGAGCUCCAGGGAAAGAUGCUUGGGUGGAUGUCAAGGCCUCACCUGCCUCCUCAGGCCCAGCUGCUGCAGGCCUGCUGGCAGGGAGACAUGCACACCUUACAACACCUGCUGGCCCAGGAAGAGGGUUUGGAUGUGAACGUUCCAAACAGUGAUGGUGUAACAGCUGUGAUGCUCGCUGUCCGGGACAUUGACCUGUUUCAGAGCUUGGUGACAUCAUUGCCCUGGGCUCACAGACCUGUUGAGGUGGUCAAGGCACUGCUAGGACUCUCUGCCGAUCUGCAGAUGCGAGACCACAGUGGCUGCUCUGCACUCCACUAUGCUGCAAGCAUCAACAGUCCCAUGAAGGAGGACAUCAUUCAUUUGAUGUUUGAAGACCUAAGUCACACAGAUGCUGACGCCGUGUCACCUGUGACCUCGUGCCAGGAUUUGGCCUCAGACUUUGACGAUUCUGACAUAGAGCUGGACAUUGAGAGCCUUCAUCCUGACAGGUCGACAGCUGGUUCCCCUGCACACACACACACCCAUCAUCAGCGAUUCCUACUGCACAGUGACACCGGGGAAGUGCUGGAGUCUGCAGGGUGUCCAUCUCUGUCUGAGCAUCACAAAGACCUCAGCCAUGAUAAGGGAAUCCCGCUCUGUUUCCAAAACGCCAUGGAAACACUGAGAGACAUCAGGCAAGCCUACCACGACUCAAAGAGGGAGAGCAGCAGAGCAGAGUUGUCUCUGCCGAGCCUGAACAGCAGCAGCGGCAGAGGCUGGGGCCGCGUGGAUCCCGUCCCCUCGUGUGGUCUGCUCAACACGAGGACUCCCUGUAUCCCAAUACCACCUAUACGCAGGCCGAGGACAAGAAGUGUGGUUGUUGCAUCGCCUUCUUCCACCUGCCUGCUGUCUGUGGCUGAGUCCAGCCAUCUGAGCCAGUCAGCCCCCAGCAUCAUGGAACCACUGCUGUGUUCCCACACCAUGAUGCAGGCCAGGGCACAUAUCCAGAGCCGACUGGGUUCUCAUGAUCAUGAACAAAAGGGGCCCAUGCUGGUCCUGCCUCCCCGAACACCCAAGCAGUUGGCCCCACUGAACAGCAGGCCCAGAGACAUUGCAGCUCACCCAGUGCUAACGCAUCACGUUCCCCUGAAGCCCAUCAGCCGCAGCCCCCUCUGCUCCAGGUCCCGGUUGAGGAGAGAGAGGCUGUCCCGUGGCAGCCAAAGAACCGGCCCUGUGACGACUGCUAAGGGUGGCAGUGAGGAGAGUGGCUCCAGCAGCAGCCAGAGCUCAAUCGACCUGGAGGACGAGGAGCGAGAGAUGCGGGAGAUUGUCGACGACAGACCGUUGCAGCAUUCAAAGGACAUGAGCUCCACUCAGGCCGAUAUGGUGGAGGAGACACGGCAGCAUUUCAAUGUUCAGUCAAGGAUCAGUCACAUCCCGCCGAUCCACAAAUCAACACAUAACCUGGAUAAAGAGUCCUUCUUCUGCACUGAAAGAACGAUAACCUCUCACUGUGAAGGCAAAACCGCCACUACAAAUAAUUCAAAAGUGCCUGUUAACAGCAAUUCUUCUACAAAAUCUAACGAUGCAAAACAAUGUGACUUUAGAAGCCAUUUAAGAGACACUGUGAACAAUGAAAGGAAAGGUUCCGAUAUAAAUGAAAUACAACAGACAGAAAUGACGGAGUUGAAUGCCAGCACUGCUGCAGGGAGAACUCAGCUCCUUACUGCGAGGGUAAAUCUUCCACUGCUAAAUGAGGAUCUCAUGGCAGAUAAGAGAAAGUUAAAAGCCUCACACCCCAGUCACAAUAGAAAGACGACAACCAGUGUGAACCAGAGUCAACCAAGGUCAAAUGAUCACACUAACCUCAAAAUUCAAGCACAUGAAGGACAAAGUACUGUCAGUCGGACUAAGUCUAAAACCAAUCUGAAGUGCUCCUUUCUAUCAAAGAAAAGCACUGAACUAAUUGUUAAAGGAGAGGCCACAGUCAAAGUAAAAUCCAAGUCUGGAAAGGGUGCUCAUCGUAGCACUGACACCUACUCGCUACGAAGGACAGGUGAUCAUCCACAAAGCAAAAGAGCAAAUUCAAACAAGUCAAACAGCAGCAAAGCUCAACUCCUCGUGAGGGACAUGAAGAGCGCUCAGCAGCUGAAGAGACUCUGUGUAGCAGGGACACAAAGGUCCAAGUCCGCUGUAGACUUCCUCACCUACAGUGACAUGUUUCAGCAGAUACAGAGUGGGGAUGGAGGGCCGGCCAUUUAUGAGAUGUUUGCCGGUCCUAUCUAUGAGAACCUCAGGGUUUCCAGCUCCUGUGAAAAAACAAAGGACAGACAGGUGCAGUCUGCGCCCUCUCGGUCCUACAAAACCAAACAUAGACCAUUGAAACAACCGCAGUGUAAGUUGAGGAGAACCCCAGGAGAGAUGAUGGUGGUCUCGACUAAAAGCAAAACCAGACUCGCAUCUGCCAGAGCCAAAACUCAACUCACAUAUUUAUCAAAGAAAAAUCAUGCACAUAAGCCGGAGGCUGAGUUAGUUUUCUCUAAGAAUGAGGAGAUUUGUCACAAAAGUGCUCAAGAAAAGGCUGUAGAUGAUCAUCUGUCCACCAUAGCAGAGGCUCUUUCACAAUAUGGAUCUGAAGACAAAACACUGACUGCACAAACAGCUUCACGGCAUAUGCCCCUGAAUAUGCAAGACAUUAUUACAACCCCAGGAAACCAAAGCAGACCGCUUCCUGAGCCGGUGUUACCUCAAAGCUACCAGCUCAGGACCAACACAUGGUCAUUUUCUAGCAACAGCAGCAGCCACGCCACCAUGUCACCAAUAUACCAGAAGUUUCUAGAUGAAGUGGGAGAUGGUCCACUCACAGAUGACCUGCUGCAGUGUCUGGCUGAGGAGCUGAUCUCACUGGAAGAGAGGGACGCGUCCGUCGGCUCCAGUCCAGAAAACCCGGAACCGAGCAAGGAGGAGUCCGAGAGGGAAAACACUGUAACUACAAAAAAUACAUUUCCGGAGGUUGUCUCAACAGAUAGUGUAGCUCUGCCUGGCUCUGCAGUGGCUUUAGAGGACACCAUCACAUGGACAAAGGGUGAAGUGCUCGGCAGGGGAGCCUAUGGAACAGUGUACUGUGGUCUGACCAGCCAGGGCCAGCUGGUUGCUGUCAAGCAGGUCAGUCUAGACGCGUCUGACCAUGAAGCUGCAAAGAGGGAGUAUGGUCGUCUGCAGGGGGAGGUGGAGCUGCUGAAAACCCUCAGACACAUCAACAUUGUGGGCUUCCUGGGAACUUCUCUAUACCAGCAUGUGGUUUCCAUCCUCAUGGAGUACAUCCCUGGGGGAUCCAUCGCCAGCAUCCUUCACAGAUUUGGUCCUUUGCCAGAACGAGUCCUGGCUCUGUACACACAGCAGAUACUGGAAGGGGUGGCCUACCUUCACGUGAACAGGGUUAUUCAUCGUGACUUGAAGGGAAACAAUGUCAUGCUGAUGCCCACUGGUGUCAUCAAGCUCAUAGACUUUGGGUGUGCGCGGCGUCUCAGCUGCCUGAACCACACCGCAAGUAGCAGUGGAGACCUGCUGAAGUCUGUGCAUGGCACACCUUACUGGAUGGCACCAGAGGUCAUCAAUGAUACAGGAUACGGAAGUAAGUCAGAUAUAUGGAGUAUAGGUUGUACAGUGUUUGAGAUGGCCACAGGGAAACCACCACUGGCACACAUGGACAAGAUGGCUGCGUUGUUCUACAUUGGCGCUCAAAGGGGGUCGAUGCCCUUCUUACCGGACGGAUUCUCGGACAACGCCAAAGAUUUUGUACAAAUCUGCUUCACAAGCGACCAGAGACUACGGCCAUCUGCAGAUCAGCUCCUUAAGCAUUUGUUCAUCCCCAUAAGUAAGACUGGAGCGAGUGCUCGCACAACACACACAAACAAAUGCUGUGGUCACCAAAAGGGACAUUGUUGUUAACUUGUACUGACACUAAAUUAUUUUUCAGUUGAUGGGACAUUUAAUGAUUUAAUAUAGAUUGUAGAAACAAAGUAUUCUUUUGUGACCCUUUAAGUGCCUACACCAUGGAUCACUAUGUACCAGCUGAGGAAAACAUUUGUACAUUAUUUUACUGAAUUGUAACAACACAAGCAGCAAUUUUUUAUUAUUAUUUCACUUAGUAUAUUAAUAAAAUCUGUGAAUUGUAAGAUAGAUCUCAUGCUUUUUGAUAGACUUUGUUUUUUUUAUACAGCAAUAAGAAAUGUGCCAAUCGUACAUCAAUACAAUGCAACCCGUUCUGAUUCUCAUUAAAUCUUGUUUACCACCACUUCCUGUUAGCUUUCCUUUGAUAAGUUAACGAGCAAUCUGUAUUUACUAUAAGCUAAUGUUCACACACCUCUUUAUAAAAUCCACAAAAUAGUUUCUGAUCGUGUGUGUGUGUGUGUGU